AUGCUGCUGGGUACAGCGCUUCUGCUGAUGUUUCUGAUUGCUUCAACGUUUUUUGGACAUUACAAGCCCUGGAAGCAAUCCAAUGACCUGAACCAUUUCUUUAUGAUGCUGAAGAACAUCGGCAUGUGUGGGCACUGCCUGGCCACCAUCGGCUUCGAACUGCCGCAGACUGGGGCCGUACCCGCUUCACAUAGGUCUUUUCACGAAAUGCUGGAAGCAUACUGGGCCACUCUCCGUCCCUAUUCAUGGAUCCUUCAGUCGUCCGGGAUGGUACUCUUUACUGCGCCGUUUCUGUUCUCAUGUCUCCACUACGCGAUGGACAUCAAUCAGCUGGUUGGGAUGAUCAUGGAAGCUGGUCUUGGCCGUUGUACAGCACGGCUUUGUGCCGUCCUCGUAGUGAUGCUCCUGCUGGUAUCUUCGCUCCUCUACAUGAGCGGUGCAGCGAUCCUUGUGGAGAUGGGUGCACUGGGUUUCUUGACCUUUCUGCUGGUUUCCACCUACUUUGGUCACCUGAAGCCCUAUCUGCAGUCAGGAGAGAAGAUACACUACCUGCACAUCCAGAAGAAUCUGUCUUUGGCUGGAGGCUGCGUCAUGGCACUUGGCUUCGCCAUCUCUGAGGGAUGUCGCUCCUGA